CAGCGACCACAGAAGAAACUCUCCUUGAAACUGAGACACAUCUUGCAUCAUCUGAAAAUGAGAGCGGUCAGUGUUUUCCUGGUUUUGGUGGUGUGUGUGUGCGGAGGAGCUCUAGGUGUGCAGGUUAAGGUUGGAGACAAGAGCUUCCCCUUUGAGGCAGUCAAGCAGCUGAAGGAGCUGUUGGAUUUAGACAACAAUGUCAGCCCUCACCUUUCUGAGACAAGCAUCGCUGCUGUAUGUGCCAACCCCAUCCUGCCACAGGUCUUUCAGCCAGUGUGUCAAGAGAAGGCAGCAGGCAUGGUUUUCUCCCAGCUUGUGUUUAUCAUCACGCCUUCGGAUGCUUGUGAAAUAUGUGCCAACCCCUCCUGCUCUGGGUGUCGGUACUGAGGCUGCCAUCUGCUCGACACACAAACACAUCGACCGAGAGCCUCCGGGGCUGUCGCCCUCUAUAGUUCCUGCACAUUUAUAUGUAUAAGGCAUCCAUGGACAUCGGCAAAACACAUUCUGUCACCUAGCAACGAAGCCCAACGGGUCUACGAGCUCAGUGGUCACUGUACUCAAAUUUAAUAGAUACAUAAUAAAACUCAGUUUGACACCAUUUUUAUAAGUUUUGGUGGAUGCUGUUCGUGCAUAUUUACUUCCCUGUCAGUGGAAUGUUGAAGCAGACGUUCUGCAGUGUUUGAAAAUCAGUUUUUUGUCUUCAACUUGCUUUCAUAUUGACCUUUUAAUGUAUUGAGUGUAAUGCAGCUUCUUGAUAAUAAAAAAUAUGUAUUCUUUGCUUCCCUAAAA